UCCCACCGACAGAGUGCUGGGGAGCGGCAGCAGCCGCCACAGCGGUAGAAGCAGCAGUUUAUCUGUGUUCAGACCCAAUAUUGGAAGAAGAUGCUAAUUACAGUGAAGAUGCUGACCGGAAAGGAGAUUGACAUUGACAUUGAACCCACAGAUAAGGUGGAACGAAUCAAGGAACGUGUGGAAGAGAAAGAGGGAAUCCCCCCACAGCAGCAGCGGCUUGUCUGCAGUGGUAAACAGAUGAAUGAUGAGAAGACAGCAGCUGAUUAUAAAAUCCUAGGUGGCUCAGUCCUCCACCUGGUGUGGCUCUAAGAGGAGGAGGUGGCUUUAGGCAGUGAUGGACCCUCUCUCCAUUUUACCUCCUUGCCCUGUCUCUCGUGAUGAGGCAUCAUAUAUCCUGUCACUCUCUGGGGCUCCAGAGUCACUGCCCCCUCCCCUGGAUGCCCAGUCUUGUGUCUACGGGUAGGACACUGUGAGGACCCCAGGAUGCAGUGUUCCUGUCCCAAAUGGCCCCUGCUGGCUAUUGGGUUUUAGUUUGCAGUCCUGUGUACUUCCCUGUCUUAUGGCUAUGUCCCUGGUUG